AUGGCUAGCGAACAGCGACGGCUGCUUGAGCAGCUGAUGGGUACAUCCCGUACACCCUCUUCAACAAAAUAUACCGAUCCAAGUGUUUGUCGUUCUUACCUUGUGGGGACCUGUCCUCAUGACCUGUUCACCAAUACCAAGCAAGACCUUGGUCCUUGCCCAAAGCUGCACUCCGAACCUCUAAAAUCCGACUAUGAGGCUGAUAAAGCCAACGGAAAAGACCCAGGAUACGAAUGGGACUACGCUCGGGAUCUACAAAAAUACGUCGAUGAUUGCAAUCGACGUAUCGAUGCCGCACAAAGGAGGUUGGAGAAGACUCCUGAGGAGAUCAUGAAGACCAACGAGCUCUUGAAGAGUAUUCGAGAUUUGACAGAAAGUAUUCAAUACGGAUUGAAGGAGGUGGAAGUUUUGGGGGAGUCUGGCAGCGUUGGAGUAGCAAUGGAGGAGUAUUGCAAGAUUAAAAAGAUGAAAUUUGAUAAAGAUGAGAAGGAGAGGGAGCUCAAAUCUCUAUCAGAUACAUCGGGUCCAUCGGGGCAUCAGAAAUUGCAAGUUUGUGAUGUCUGCGGGGCCUAUUUAUCUCGUUUGGAUAAUGAUAGACGACUCGCAGACCACUUUUACGGAAAGAUGCAUCUCGGAUACGCCCAAAUGAGAAAUAAAUUGAAGGAGCUCCAGGAGGUAACCGGCAAUCGGAGGCCUCCACAAUCCGAAAACGCGGCCAGAGGGCCAGGUGGUGAAGGUGGCUGGGGUGGUGAUAGAGGUUACGGCGAAUAUGGCGGAGACCGACGAGAUAGAAGGGGUGGUAGGGGUUAUGGUGGACGCCGUGGCGGCCGUUAUUAG